CUUCAACUCGUGUCGUCUAAGGUGUUUGGUGUUUGUGUUGCUGUUGUGUUCUUGUUUAACCUUAGCAUCUAUUUAUAAUACAAUGGAAGAAGGGAUUUUUGGGGUUUUUUCCUUCAUAACUCUAUCAAAAACCUUCUUUGUUUGACUUGAACUCGAAUUUCGUUACUUGGGGAUGAAGAAAGAAGUUUUUAGGAGAAAAUUUUAAAAUAAUAUUUUUCAACGAUCAAUAUUUAAAUUCUUGACAUAAUUGUUUAGUCAUUGAUACCAUCAUAUUUAAUUAUCGAUGAAAAUUUUUUACUCCCAAAAAAAUCGAGAAUGUUCGUCAUAAUUAAUUUUGACUUGUUAUAUAAAAUAAUGAUAGAAUUAUUAAAGUAAGGUAAAAAAGUCACUACUGAGUUGAUUUAAACCAAAAUUGUUUUUGGACAUUUCUCGAUUUUCCCACUCUCUGUAUUGUGGCUCUAGACCCAAAUCACUCAUUUUUUUUUUUUUACAGAUUUUUCAUUUUUCCACUUACCAUUGUGAGUGAUCUAAAACACAAUCAAGAUCUAAUACAAAUACAUUGAUAAAAAUAGUUACGAAAUUCAUUGAAAAUAUAACACAAGUACUAAGAAUGAAUCGAUAAUAAGUGACAGGUGCCAAUGAGGAGCAAGUAAUAUUACUAGAGGCAGAAUGUGAUGACGAUGAACCAAAACUAAUUUCUUUUUCUACACGUCUCUAGUGACCGGUGCCAAUGCACUCCUUACCCAUAUCUAUCAUUUCAAAUUUCUAGAGACCAAAACAAGUAACACCUUGUUUUGUUGCUUGUUUAACACAUAACAUCAAUACUCAGUACCAAAACUGGAUGGUUAAACAUCGCCCUAGUUUUACUAUUAUUGCCCUAACAUAAAAAUAAUAUUACUAAAUUAUCAUUUAUUUAACCUUCUUUAUGAUUUAUUUAAUCAAUUUAAAUUCAACGAAACUUGCUAAUCCCCAUCAUCGCUGGUCGCCGCCUCUUGAAAGUCCCUUCACCGGUGUCCUUCUCCAACUGAACAUUGCCGUCAUUCCUCCUCCCUAGCCGUCCCUCUCCAAAAAACAUGGGUGAAUAAUUAGGAUGAUGAAAAGGUAUUAAUUGGCUGCGAAACCCCCGCGCCCUGUGUCGGGUUCCACAAGACCCCAUAUUGCCUCGUCCUCGUCGGUUGUAAAAGGCGUGCAGGACCAGGAAACCCAACAUCAGAAGAAGUGACCUAGGGCAGUCGACCUGACUAAAGAUGCACAGCUGGAUGACGAGAUGAUAGAUGAUAGUGCUAACAAUGAAACUCAAACCAAAGCUGAUACACCAAAGGGAGCUUGGACCAAUGGAAUGACGAAGCUUUUCCAAGGCAAAGAUGAAGGUGACGACUGGUACAUAGCUGAAUUUGAUAUAGAGGAUGUUGAAAUGGCCAAUAAUGAGGAAUAUGACUAUAUUGCUGAGGAAGAUGAUCCGAGAUGCCCAACCAUCCUUUAUACGGACUAAGAAAAGCUUGACUGGAGAAGAAAGUGGCGAUCGACUCUAAUAGUCAAGGGUCUGGGACGUGAUAUCCCGUUUAUUGCACUAUCCAACAAGUUGUGGUCGUUAUGGGCACAAAGAGGAGCAAUAAAAAUUUCCGACAUGUCUAAUGGAUGCAAUCCGGUGAGAUUCAAAGUUAAGGAGGAUUAUGAGUUUGCAGUGUCAGGGGGCAAUGGAUGAUCGGUGACACGUACCUCACUGCGAUACGCUGGUAUAAGGGUUUUAACCCAUGGAAAUUUAAUGUCAACUCAGCCAUGGUAAUUGGUAUGGACUCAGCUCACAGAGUUACAGUGGAAUUUUUUAAUAAGGAAGCAGUCACUCGUAUAGAUCAACGGAUUGGGAGACCAAUCAGAGUAGACCAGGCCACAAUAAUGCGGGCGAGGAUCAUAUACACAAGGGUUUGUGUAGAAACAGACCUAACAAAACCUCUUCUCUCUUAGUACAAGAUUUGAAGGCAUAACGUAUAUAGUGGGUUAUGAGGGGCUUCAUAGGUUGUGCGGCAAAUGUGGAUGCUAUGACUGCAUAGUGAUGAAUGUCCAAAUAAAACCCAAGAGGAGCAGAAACCGGAGAACAACACAGACAAGAUGGGAAAGGAUCCGGAAACUACUGAACUACCUACUAGUCAAAUCUAUGGGGACUAGAUGGUGGUGAAGAAGAAGGUAUGGAGACAGAGUAAUAAGUUGGCUGCGAAUGAGAAGAGAGGGGGAAUGGAAUAGGGAAGACGAGGGACAUAUAGUAACCGAUUUAAUGUGCUGCAUGCUUACGAGGAGGGGGGACAAUGCUCAGCUAGCUCAGCAUGAGCCUAUUACCAAGCAGUGCCAAUAGAGAAAUAAAAAGAGUGAGGCAACAAAGAAGAAUGUUGUAGAGGAAGGGAGAAAUACCCAGGGGAAGAAUGAAAAUGCUACCAAGAUGCCACGGAAGACACAAGUCCCGAAGAACACAAAUGAUGAGAGCAGCAGGAAGAAAGGUCAGACGACUCCUACAAGUCAGAAGACGAUGUCGGAUGUGACUCUGGUAGGUAUGGCGAAGGUUAUCUUUCGUGUAAUAAAUAACAAUAAUAAGGGACCAAGCUCUAGAGAAGAGGAUUAGUGGGAUGCAGCCUGGAAGAGGAGGUCCAAUAAUAUCCCACCUCUUCUUUGCAUAUGACAACAUUUUCUUUGGAAGAGCUACUGUGGAGGAAAGUUUAUGUUUGAAGAAAAUCCUGAAGGACUAUGAAGUAGAAUCGGGCUAGAUGAUUGAUUUCCAGAAGUCUGAAGUCUCUUUCAGCAAAAAUAUCAAAACCCAUCGCAAGUUGGAGAUUGGUGGUGUGUUAAACAUGAAGACGGUGAAUAAACUGGACAAAUACCU